CGUGGAGGAACUAUGCGAGGAUUAUUAUAGGACGUUUCCAACAGCAGAAUAUGGAUUUUGAUGACCGGAUCUCUAGCUCCAAUAUGUAUUUACCGAGCUGCACUUACUACGUCUCCGGGGCAGACUUUACGGGUCUCCCUCAUUAUUUAACCCAAAGCCAGUCCUCUUGCCCCAAUAUAUACCCCUACCAGUCUUCAGCACUGCCACAGGUCCCGUCCGUCAGAGAUGUGGCUUUCAGAGACUAUGGGCUUGAUACUUCCAGUAAAUGGCACCACAGCAGGGGGAGCCUGUCACACUGCUACCCGGAGGACAUUGUGCACAGGGACGGCUGGACGAGCUCGACCUCCAGGGGGGGUGAGAUCCUGGUGAAAGGCAGCUCCAGCGCCAGCCACUCCAGCUCCUCCAACCCGACGCACGGCUUCUAUGGCAGCGUUGGCAGGAACGGCGUUCUGCCACAGGCUUUUGACCAGUUCUUCGACACUGCCUAUGCGAGCGCAGAGUGCAGCACAACGCCCACAGCACAUGCAGCAGACACGGACAGACACGCCGCCAAAACAAGCCCCGCUCCGGAUCACCCUGACUCGGACUCCGGGGAGAGCUGCAGCCCCAAGUCGUCCUCCGGCCACAGCGAUGAGAGACAGAGCAAAGGCAGCAGUGGCCAGAGGACACGCAAGAAGAGGUGUCCAUAUUCAAAGUAUCAGAUCAGGGAACUGGAGAGGGAAUUCUUUUUCAGCGUUUACAUCAACAAAGAGAAGCGCAUGCAGCUCUCACGGAUGCUCAAUCUGACAGAUCGCCAGGUCAAAAUCUGGUUUCAGAACAGGAGGAUGAAGGAGAAGAAACUCAACAGAGACCGUUUACAGUACUACACCACAAACCCCCUGCUAUAAACACUGAACAAAGACUGUCACUGACAUGUACUCCUCAACCAUACACGUCCACAUUUUACAGGAUGGCGAGUUUUGAAUGUGCCAAACUUACUAAAGAAUUUCACUAUUUAUACACUAUUUUGUCA